AUGAGAAUAGCAGGAUGUCUACUUUUGGCUCUCGUGACACUUGCAGCAGGGCAGAACCUCGGCCAGCUGAACAUUCUCGUGGAUUUCCUGAAUUACACUGCCUUCACCCCGCAGGACAUGAAGACCCUUCCUUCCACGCUGGGUGAAAGCAUCACGUCAUCCUUGGGGCUCCGGGAUGACGCGAUCAGCAACGCCGCGGGCAGAGUCGGAGUGGUGGACCUGAAUCCAGGCACCAUGCGAAACGAGUGGAUGCCGAGUCAAUGGCCACUUGUGAAACCAGGAGGGCGGCUGCCCAAGCCCGCGCCAUCGGCACCGGCAAGGUCGGAGGUGUCGGUGACGGUCUUCGACUUCAUGCCGACGACAGGAUCGAUUAGGAUGGAUUUUGGCACCGCGACGUCCUCUUUGCAGAGUCACAGCAAAGUGGUGAAGGCUGUACGGCAGGCUCUUGCACAGCAGACUCAAGUUCCACUCGAGGCAGUUCGUGUCACGCUCUCGCCUGGUAGCACACUCGUGCACGUGCAGAUCCUGACCCCUAACAUGCAGAUGGCAUCACGCGUCGCGACGCUCUCUGCAAAAGCGGGAGGAAGGUCUCUGCUGAAUAACAUCAAUUCCCACUUGACAGAGGCGCAACUGCAGCAAGUCAACCCUGCAGUGGGUGGUGCCUCCUUUCGCUUGAAGGUCAUCUCUCUGAAAGAUGCUGAUGACGCGCAGGAUAUGCCCAGACGGGUCAGAAGUGAUAGUGACGACUCCAAGAAGGCAAGCCGAGUUGAGAGACCACGAGGGCGGCCAGAGGAGACAAAGCUCAUAAUGAACAGCAAAAUCGAGGCGAUCUAUGCUUCCAUGAGAGCUGCUGGAAAGAUGAUCAUGCACGAGUCGCCGGCCUCCACAAAGCCAUCGACGGAUGACACUCGCGGCAGCCAGCCAGUUCCAGUACUCUGCGUUUGUUGCAGCGAUCCGAAGCGGCUGAGCCUUGCUGGCAGCUACAGAGCCGUUGGGCAGCUCUACGGGCGCCCCAGCUUCCGUAAGGAGCGUGGGCAGCACUGUAUCCACUAUUGGAAGGAGCCGGAUGAUCCUGAGCUAUGUGGCUGGUGGUUCAGUGACAAAGAUGGCCUUUUGAUGGCCUUUCACAAGGACACAGGCACACGGCCGCCUAAGACAGGCUGGAGCAUCCCGACCUUAAGCUUACGCAAGGCCACGUUGGUUCACGGACAGCUUCACCUGCCAACUCCUAGCAUGGCGUUCAUUGCAGAAUCCACUCUGGGCGGAUCUCUGUUUGAGUCCGAAAUCCGGAAGAGGGUAGAGGAUGCCCUAGGGGCAAAUUCCGACGCCAUUACAGGGCAAAUUAGCAUCGGUGCUGCCUCCGUUUACGAGGCAUCGGUGACAACUCCUGCUCCUUUACAGAGCUCGCUGCCCGGCAAGGGGCAGCAGCUACUGUGGUACAUUGGGCUGGGAAUGCUCGUGCUCGUCGCCGUCGGCAUCGUCUUAUGUUGUGUCAGAAGUUUGUGCAUGAGCAUGUCGACGCCAAAGAACGUGAUGGAUUACGACUCAGGAUUUCUGCAGGUUAAUUCGUACGAUGAUGACGUUCCCAUCUACGAAGAUCCCAUGAAGCUGCCCCGUUUCGUGGCCAAGGACACUAACCCGAGUCCCGAGCCAGAAAAGCCAAACAGAUGCUACCGGUUUGCGCAGUUUAUCCUCUCUACUAUCCCUGACACCAUGAGCGACGUGCUGCGCAUUGUUCUGCUGCGACGGAUGGACGAGCGGCACAAGUUGUCACAGCGCGGUGACGGCAGCAAGUGGGUGGCGAAGCGUUCCAUUGAUUCCUUCACAGCGUCUUCAUCACCUUCUGUAUCCUUGCGCUUCUGCAUAGGCCCCUUCACCUCGAUCCAAAGUGUCCACGGUUCUCCUUUAUGGCAACUAAUGUUUGCGCAGAUUGAGCCUGCGAACAUCACCUUGCUAGCCAUGGCAUGCUCUGGUCUGAUGGGUGGCGCGUGCCACCACUGCUGCGAGAAGCCAGAGGCUGCGAAUCCUGCACAGAUUCCACACCAGCCAGUGCAACAAGAGCGCAGGAACAGCCAUCAGGCCGCGAACGACUUUGCUGAUGGUGAUCCAUCAGCUUAUUCGGGCGCACAGUUGCAGAAACGAGCAAAUCUACAGGUCAAAGAUGGCGGCUUCGCUCUGGGGAACUUCGCUGCUACAAACACCGGCCGCAUAGAGGAUUUCUAUGAGCUGGAGAAGCACAAGCUCGGCGAAGGAGGGUUCGGAUCUGUGCGGCGGGGAAGGGACAAGCGGACGGGAAGAGUCUGUGCGAUCAAGUCGAUCCGGAAGAAAGGGGUUGAGGAACCACAGAAACUGAAAGAAGAGAUCGACAUCAUGCGCCUGUUGGAUCAUCCCAACAUAGUGCGAUUCCAAGAAAGCUUCGAGGAUCACCGGCUUCUGCAGCUUGUGCUGGAGCUUUGUGAAGGAGGAGAGCUCAUAGACAGAGUCACCGCCCAAGGGUCCAUCACGGAAAGACAAGCUGCAGGAUGUGUGCGAGAUAUGCUCCGAGCCAUCAACUACUUGCAUAUGAACAACAUCAUGCACCGCGAUCUGAAGCCAGAGAAUUUCCUCCUCGCCACCAAGGAGGAGAUCGGCAAGUCAUCGCUGAAGCUGAUCGACUUCGGCCUGGCAAAGCGCUUCAAACCGGGUGAGCCGGCCCGCACCAAGGCGGGGACUCCUAACUACGUGGCACCGGAGGUGCUCUCUGGACGCUAUGACGAGAAGGUGGACACUUGGAGUGUUGGAGUCAUCGCCUUCCUCCUCCUCUCUGGCAAGCACCCCUUCACCGGGAAGACGGUUGAACAGGUCCUUCAGAAAGUGAAGAAUGCAUCCUUCAUCACCGAUGGAAAGCAUUGGAAAGGAGUGUCGGCUGAUGGCAAAGGCUUUGUGCAGGCCUGUCUGCAAAAGGUUCCCAUGGCCCGACCCUCCGCUGGGAGCUGCCUCAAGCAUCGAUGGAUCGAGCGCUUGGCGGAGAAGGACAUGGAUGGCCCGGUGAUCGGCCUCCAGAUCGAGGGCUUGGCUGCGUUCGGGCGCAUGCACAAGCUGAAGAAGGCUGUGGUCACAGUCAUCGCGGCACAGAUGUCGGAAGAAAGGAUAGAUGAACUGCGUCGGAUGUUCAUGACAAUGGACAGAAAUGGAGACGGAACUUUGACGGUCGUGGAGGUCAAAGAUGCCCUGGACAAGGCGGGCAUCGCAAUGCCCGGCAACAUGGAGCAGCUGUUGGGCGAGGCUGACACAGACGGCUCGGGAGUCAUCGACUACACCGAGUUUCUGGCAGCAACUCUGGACAAGAAGGUGUAUGUCCAGGAAGAUAUCGUUUGGACAGCAUUCAAAAAGUUCGACCUGGACAACAACGGGAGCAUCGACAUGAAAGAGUUGGCACAGGUCAUCGGUGACGAGCAAGUGGUGGAAGCCAUGAACCUCAAAGACAGUGGGGAUGUGGGCAGUUUGGUCCACAUCUUCGAGCAGGUGGACAAGAAUGGCGACGGCAAGAUCGACUUCGACGAGUUUUUCCAGAUGAUCCGUGGGGUGGAAAACAGCUGCCAGUCGCCUUCUGGCUCCUCCGCACCUAGCAUCAAGCUUGGCCGUGAUUCCCCGACCCACAAGCAGAAGGAAGAGCAAAGGCUUAAGAUGAGCAGCUUGCUGGAAGACUUCGACGAGGACGAUGGCGGCAAAGUGCAAAAGAAGGCCAGCUUGUCUGCAAAAAUCCUGUACUGA